AUGGCUAAAAAAGAUAAGAAAUCCAAAGACGCUAAGAAGGCCAGAGCUGCAGAAAAGCAGAAGAAAAAUGCAAGUAAAGCCGAAGUGAAAUCAAAGAAGAAAGCUAUAAAGUCAGGUGAUCAAGAAGAAGAUGAAGAUAUCGAUCAAAUUUUAGAACAAUUCGCUAAAGAACAAGAGUUAUUUCAAGCUGUUAACAUUGAGGUCGUAAAAAGACCUAGUAAGAGAUUGAACCCCGCAAUGGUGGCCAACCCCAUUCAAGGGAAGAAGGAAUUAUUAUUAUUUGGUGGUGAACAUACCGAAAAUGGAGUGUCCCACUUUUAUAAUGAUUUACACUCUUAUAACGUUGAUAAUGAUAUUUGGAGAAGAAUCACAUCCAAGAAUUCUCCUUUACCCAGAUCAUCACAUGCUAUGUGUGCACAUCCUUCAGGUAUAGUUUUAUUGUUCGGAGGGGAAUUUUCGUCCCCGAAACAAUCCACUUUCUAUCAUUAUGGUGAUACUUGGAUCUUGGAUGCCGAUACUAAAGAAUGGACAAAGAUUGAUCAAAAGAGAGGACCUUCAGCAAGAUCAGGUCAUAGAUUAGCUUGUUGGAAGAAUUAUAUUAUCUUACAUGGAGGGUUCAGAGAUUUAGGUGCUCAUACUACCUAUUUAAAUGAUAUGUGGUUAUUUGAUAUAACUACUUAUAAAUGGGCAGAAGUGGAAUUUCCACCUAAUCAUAUCAUUCCUGAUGCCAGAUCCGGUCACUCGUUGAUUCCAUGUGCUGAUGGAGCCAUUAUUUAUGGGGGUUAUUGUAAAGUUAAAGCGAGAAAAGGUCUUCAAAAAGGGAAAGUUUUAACUGAUAUUUGGACUGUUAAAAUGAAAUCAGAUCCUAAAGGUAUCAGAUUCGAAAGAAGACGUAAACAAGGUUUCAAUCCAUCUCCAAGAGUUGGUUGUUCUUUGACUUUCCAUAAGAAUAGAGGUAUAAUGUUUGGAGGUGUUUAUGAUUAUGAUGAAAGUGAAGAACAAAUCGAAUCAGAAUUCUAUAACAACUUAUACUCUUACCAAUUGGAAAACAAUAGAUGGUAUAAUUUGAGUUUGAAACCUCAAAAGAAGAAGAAACAAGUUCAAGUUGAAAAGAAAACUCGUGAUGAAGAUUUAGAAGAUAUCUUAAAUUCUAUUUUGGCCAAAGCUAAUUUAAAUGAUGAUGAAGAUGAUGAUGAAGUAUCACAAAUUGAAAAAUUGAAACAAUUAGAAGAAGAAGAAGAAAUCAACGAAGAAAAAGCAGAAUAUCCAAUGGUUAAUCAAUUACCUCAUCCUAGAUUUAAUCCAGCUACUUGUGUUUUAGAUGAUAAUUAUUAUAUUUUUGGAGGAAUCUUCGAAAGAUCCGAACAAGAAUUCUGUUUGGAUUCCUUUUAUUCCAUUGAUUUAAGUAAAUUAGACGGUGUUAAGGUUUAUUGGGAAGAUCAUACAGAACUUGAACAAGAAUAUGUUGGAUCAGAUGAUGAGGAAGAAGACGAUGAAGAUGAUGAAGAAGAUGAUGAGGAAGAAGAAGAAGAAAAUGUUGAUGAUGAAGAAGAGGAAGAAGAAGAAACUGAAGAAGAAAUUGAGGAAGUUGAAGAAGAAUUCCCUGAUGCUAGACCUUGGUUACCACAUCCAAAACCUUUUGAAAAUUUAAGAGCCUUCUAUGUACGUACAGGAGCUGAUUUCUUACAAUGGGCCAUUUCCAGUAAUAGAGAAGCUAGAGGUAAAUACUUAAAGAAAGCAGCAUUUGAUUUAUGUGAAGAUAGAUUCUGGGAAAGAAGAGAACAAGUAAGUAUAGCUGAAGAUGAAUUAGAAGAACUUGGAGGUGUUGGAGAAGUCAUUGAAAAAGAUACUACCAAAACCACCAAAAGAAGAUAG